AUGCGUUCUGUCGCUCUUCUUCGUGUGGUCUUUGGCCUGUUGGCCGUUGACUUUGUGGCUGCGAGCCCCUGCAAGCCGAUUUCAUCCGCUGCCACUUCAGAUGCACCCACUGAGACAUCGUUGGCCUCAUCAAUUGAAUCCGCAACAACAAUCGAUACUGCAACGUCUGGUGCGUCUAUCACGUCCGCUGCUGAUUCGUCAGUCGAGACAAGUGAAUCGUCACUCGCCCUUGAAACGUCAGCAACCUCUAAUACCAUCGAGGUUAUCCCCACCACCACGGCUGCCCCAACGACUGAAACGACAUCAGCUGAGCCCAUGCCCACUUUCACGGUCCUUGCCACCGGCUCGGGUCCCAUGACGGGCAGAGGUCUACAAACGUACCCGUACGACAACGCCAUGGUUGCUUUUGAUGCCCCUCCUGGUGGCAAUCCCGCUUUGGAUGCACAGGUCUCCCCUUUCACCAUCGACUCGCAAGGUAGACUUGUCAACUCACUAGGCUGGUUCCUAUGCGGAUCCUACAGUCCGAUGAAUUUCUUGCUCGAUGCCCCUGCCGUUGUGACAACCUGUCAAGACGAGUACCCGCUGCGGCGAGUCUUCCUGACCUGUAAGCUGAGCGAUGAACUCAAGGUACAGUGUUCGAUCCCGGCCGUCACGUGCGUGUCUACGGGAGAUGCUCCGUGGGACAUGCCAACCUGUUCGGCGGCUGCUGGUACUUGGGGUGUGUUUUCCACAGCCAUCAAGGGCCCUGGUCAUGUCCUUCACAUUGGAAAUAACAACACUCCUGAUUACUAUGACCGUCUUGAGCUGAGUGUUCAGAAGGUGUAA